CAUCCCAGAAUUCAAGCCCUCCCACAAUCGAAUCCGCUGGGAUCUCGGUGGCGUGUGAUUGGUCGGGGAUGCGGCAACAGGGGGCGAGAACAAUAGCAUCACCCCGGCAUAAAAAGAGUGGAGCUAUGCCUUGGAGACGAAAACAUUUCAGCAACAGAAGGAUCGAUAGAAUUGAAAGAUAAAGUCCGAUACUGCUUCCUGUGGUGCCAUCAUUUCAACAAACCUGGAUACUCGAGACCUCUUCCACCGCUCCAAAGUGCCUUGCAAUCAUCAUUCGCAAAGAUGCCCAAAGGAUUUCUAGUGAAAAGAAACAGAAAAUCCGCACAUGUUUCGUAUAGGACUCGUUCGGAAGAAGAUGACCUACAGGACCACCCCCACCCGGCCGCCUUUCCCAGCAUCCACGGGGCGGACUCUUUCCUGCCCGUGUCCGUCGUGGCGUCCCUCCCUUACCGCGCGGCACCGUCGCCGGACCUCGCCGCGGACGCGCCGGUCCCCAGGCUGGAGAAGCCGGGGCAAUUCGGCAACCCCGAGGCGGUGUACCAGGCGCUCUACAGCCCCACCCGCCCCGUGAGCAAGGACCACGAGCGGGGAUAUUUCGAGAGAAGUUUCAACCUUGGCUCGCCUAUUUCUGCCGAGUCAUUCCCCACGCCCGCCUCCCUCUCCAACAUAGACCACGUCCUUUUCGCCCCCGUGGAUCUGAAGAUCGGCACCAGCAACAGCAACCGCAGCGGCACCACCAGCAGCAGCACCGGCAGCAGCAUCAGCACCACCACCAGCAGCACAAUCCCGGCAGUCCCCUCAGUCCCCACCGCCCGGGCAGCCACCAAGAGACCCGCGAGUGACCACGCAGAACGCAAAGCGAAACCGUCCUCCAAGAAACCCAAAGCCAUCCGCAAGCUCAACUUUGAAGACGAAAUGACAACUUCGCCGGUGCUCGGUCUCAAAAUCAAAGAGGGGCCGCUGGAGACGAAACCGCGCUCUCAAUCAGCGGGAGGGAAUAAGCCUUUAGGGGAGUUCGUCUGUCAGCUGUGUAAGGAGGCGUAUGCGGACCCCUUCUCCUUAGCCCAGCACAAGUGCUCCCGCAUCGUGAGGGUCGAGUACAGGUGUCCCGAGUGCGACAAGAUGUUCAGCUGCCCGGCGAACCUCGCUUCGCACCGUCGCUGGCACAAACCCCGGGCCAGCGCAGCCGGGCUGCCGCCUCCGCACAGCGUCAAGUCUGAAAUCGCCAAAAUGCCCUGCAGCGUGAAGCCCGUCCACCAAGAGGAAGCCAAAGACAUGCGACACGCCGAACUACUGAGUGACAGGGACACCCCGAGCCCAGGCCUGUCCGAAUCGGGAUCUGAAGAUGGUUUAUUCGACUGCAACGUCUGCGGCAAGAGGUUCAAACGUCAAGCAUACCUAAGAAAACACACCUUGGCCCACCAGGCCAUGCAGAAGAAAGUGUACGAGGAGCAGCAGCAGCAAUUGCAGUUACAGCAGCAGCAGUUACAGCAGCAGCAGCAGCAGCAGCAGCAGCAGCAGCAGCAGCAGCAGCAGCAGCAGCAGCAGCAGCAGCAGCAGCAGCAGCAGCAGCAGCAGCAGCAGCAGCAGCAGCAGCAGCAGCAGCAGCAGCAGCAGCAGGGAUUUCAAAACAACGACCGCGUGCUGGUGGCAGACCAGGCGCCCGAAUCAUCCUCCUCAGCAUCCUCUUCCUCCUCCUCCUCCUCCUCCUCAUCAUCAUCCUCAGAGGAAACCGCGAACCAAAGUCCCCUUAAUUUGAGCCCCGUGGACUGCCUACUGUGCCCCGUGUGCGGGGAGAAUUUCACCAACAGGGCUAGCCAGGAGAGACACUUGCGUCUCAUGCACUCCUCCCAGGUUUACCCCUGCAAGUAUUGCCCCGCCACGUUCUACAGCUCGCCGGGACUCACCAGGCACAUAAAUAAGUGCCACCCGUCUGAGAACAGGCAGGUCAUCCUGCUCCAAAUGCCCGUGCGACCCGCCUGCUAAAUGAGAAGACAACCUUCGUGCCUUUGACGGGGAAAAAAGAAAUGUGUCUUUGGAUGAAAGAAUUGUUUUUUUGUGAGAACAUUGCCAUAGUACUACUGUAGGCCCGCGAGGAGGCAGGGCAACUUGAUGUUUAAAUGGUGUUUCAUGAGGUGUCUUUUUCAUGCCAAUCAGUGAUUGUUGAACGCUUCUCUAUAUCUUGAGUAACAUAUAGGUCUAUUUUGAGAUUUUUUUCCUCAAAUUAGUUUAUCAAAAGAAUACAAAGGGUUAGUAUGACUGUUAAAAGGGUAUUUUUCUAGACGGCACACGUGCUAACUAUAGCUUAUAGACCUAAGAAACGUUUUAAAAGUCCCGCCAUCCUUCUUUUCAUCCAAGCCUUUGAAGUCACCGACCGUGAUCGUAGCUUUACGCUGGUGUGUGAACGACAAAACCUAUCAAUUUUGUCUUAAGAAAAAGAAACCGAAGCAUUCCCUUCUAGUAGAACCACAAAUGCCUUUAGAAUACAAACAAGCCUAGUCUGAAUAGUUCACAUCCACAUCCAAAUUCCGCUGUAUAACUGCCUUAAAAAGUCAACAUCGAUUUUGUUAUUUUGUUUUAUUUUGAAUGCUGGCACAUAUUUUAUUAUUGAAGAUUGUUGCAAUAUUUUUCAUCCUAAUUUUAUUUAUUUAUUUAUUCUAAUUAUUUUAUGUAACUUAUUGUUGUGUCGUGUGAUUAUUUUGUGAAUCGUUCUGGCAGUUUACAUGUCGUAGCCAAAUGUGUUGUCCAAUUUAUGAGUUGUGAUAAUUGUCGUGGGUCGAUUUUAAUCUUCAAUCUCCACAGCUCUUGUAAAACGUAAAGCUCUUAUCUUAGAUGCAAUCUUUUUUAAGGACGCGUUAUUUUCAUAAAUGUUGGCUUUUAUAGCGCUUUGAUUGUAUGUGUAUAUCGUUGUUGUCUAUUAAAAUAAAAUAUUUUCAAAGGACA